GGAAUAGAGCAUUAAAACCCUCGCCCUGGUACGAGCUCUGCAUUAAGCACCUUCUCCCUCUGUAUAAUAUAAUCCAUUGCAGCGGAACUGCGGUUCUGUGGUUUUCAUAAAUGUUAAUGCUUAACCUCAUUUUCCACAUACCAUACAACACAUUCAAAACAGUGUGUGGAUGUGAAACCCCGGAGGUUUCUGUGUUUGCUCAGUCGGACAUUGAUUAUCUUCAUAACUACAAGCUGUUCAUUUCCAGAGGUCUGGCAGUCCCACAGCUGAUGAGGGCAGUUCAUGGAAAGGUAACCACCACAGAUCAGAGCAAAUGCAGGUAUGUUAUACAACCGGUGUGUUUACAGUAAAUAUUCUCUUACUACAUGUAUGUAAAAACAACCUCCGUCCUGCCAUGGGGGUUGAAGUGACUGUUGAUUUUCCUGUGACAAAUAUUUGAAGUGAAGAUAAUAAACCUGUAGAACACAUGGUUCAAUCAAGUUUAUUGCCCUAUUUCACUAUACGCUAUCUGUCUGUUACAUAUUUACUAGACAUGCUGGCAGCUUGUCCAGUAUUCACACAGAUCCUGUCGACAACUGUAAAGAUUUUAUGCACUUGGCACCCGAACCUGCUGCCAUAUCUACACUUUAAAUCCUGACGGCUGGUUGCUGUGCGUGUCUAUAGACUUCACCUACACCCUACAGGCAUUUCAUAAGACUGACUGAGCUUUGUCAAUUGUGGUCUGCUGGGGCAUGUGUUGAAAUUCCUGAACUGAAACCAAUAGCUACCAAGAGAGGAUUUUGGAGGGGGGAGUGCCAGUAUGUUUGCAAGCCCAAAAGAUUUUCACUCAGAAAAAUAUAGCAAGUUAAAUGAGUUUGGAAAGUUCUGGCUGAUCAAAUCCAUGUCCAUGAACCCAAAGAUUUUAGACAGUUUGAUGCUGGAAGCAAAAAGACAAUUACAAAAUGCUGGCUCCAAAGGAACCCUCCCACCAUCUCCCUUUUUAUCAACAUAAUCAACUCAAUACGUGUCAUGGAGAAAAUGGCUUUAACUAUUCGUUUGCAAAAAGAGAGGGGAGAUAUUUAUUGGAACAAAUGGGACUGUUAUAACCAUGUAGAUCCGCAACAUAUGUGUAUACAUAUUUCUUAUUUUUCUAACUGGACCCCAGGGGGUCAAAGCCCUGUAGGCUACCUGUCGUUUUCCUUAUGGCUCAUCCUUAUUUUAUAUGUGCAAAUACACCAGACCUCACCCUUUAUAUGCUUGCACCGAAGAAAAAAAAAAGUUAAAAAAAAAAAAAAGAAGAAAGUUUGGUGCCAAGGAGAGGGAGGGAGUGACACAUCAUGUUAACAGUCGUUGUUAUGUCGUUUCUCUUUAUGAUAUCCUGUCGCGUUAUAGCUAUAUAAUCCCUCAUGUGAGUGGGGACCCCACGGAUCCCCCUCAGCCCCCGGAGGUCCCCGGACACCGGCUCUUCCACAGCCGAUCACCGACAGUUAGGUCGGCUGCUUGUUUUCUCAAACGAUCUCGGCGGAUCCGCCCAGGAAGUGGAGACAGAGAGAGAGAGAGAGAGAGAGAGAGAGAGAGAGAGAGAGAGAGAGAGAGAGAGAGAGAGAGAAAGAGAGAGAGACAGAGAGAGAGAGAGAGACUCCACCGAGAUACAAGAGUAACGUUAUGAUCGGCUGGUCGGAAAAGUUGUGAAAUUAUAAGUUUUAAACAGCGGGAGUUUAUCCGUGUUUAGGUCCUGUACUUUCCCCUUCAGACUGGAGAGACAAUCCGCUGUGGACGGUGGCGGCUCGCUGGAUUAAGUUAACAUGGGGAUGAAUGGCGGGGUUUUAUCUCAUGUCGCCUAACGUCCUGCGGGAGAGUUAAGGUUUUUACCCGAGAGGGUGAGCUACCCCGAGUCGCUGAAAGGGCUUUUAUCGGCGUGUAGUAACAAUACUUUUCUUUUGUCUUUAUUUGACCUCUCUGGAUCCUGUUAUCAUGACGCCUGACCUGCUGAACUUCAAAAAGGGAUGGAUGUCUAAACUGGACGAGAGUGGAGAGUGGAAGAAGCACUGGUUUGUUUUGACUGAUGCUGGACUCAAGUACUACAGAGACUCCAGUGCAGAGGAGAAAGAUGACUUGGAUGGGGAGAUUGACCUAAAAUCCUGUGUGAAGGUGUGUGAGUUUGAUGUGGAGAAGAACUAUGGGUUUCAGGUACAGACGCGGGAGGCAGCGUACACAUUGUCUGCCAUGACUGCGGGGAUCAGGCGGAAUUGGAUCGAGGUUUUAAGGAAGUGUAUCCGGCCCAGCAGCUCUCCAGACCUCACACAAUUACCUGACGGCGGCAGUGACAAGGAAAACUCCCAUUCUCGCUUUCUACAUUCUUCCCGACGGCCAUCAUCGCGCCACGCCGACGUUCAGUCAGACGUUUUGACCUCCGCUACCACCCAUCGGAGGUUUGACUAUGUGGAGCUGUCCCCUGUUCCCGCCUCGUCCAGCCCUCUCCCAGCCCACCAGAGAGAAGCAGCGGAGGGGCAGGGCAGGGAGCACAGCCAGUGGCAGGAGGAGAGGAACACCAGCAGCCAGUGGGAGGCUGUGCUGUCCAGAAAGGGCACCGGCGGGGGCUCCAACCAAAGGCUACGCACGGAGGACGAAAUAGAGAAGAAGUGGGCUGAGUUUGAACGCAUGCCGUUGAAGGAGAUGAGCUCCUUACCUGCAAUGGGAACACGGCCUUCCAGCCAGUCAGCCAAUGAGGCGCUGCAGAGGGAGGUGGCGUCACUGAGGCAGCAGCUGGAGCAACUACAAGGAGGAGGAGGAGGAGGAGGAGGAGGAGGAGGAGGGGGCAGUGGGAGACGGGGAGGUGGUGUGAUGGGUGGCUGUGGCCCUGAGGCCCCCUGCGGCCGCAGCCUGGUGGCCAUGGAAAGUGCUCAUCGACAUGCGCUGGAGGAGCUGCAGAGGCAGCACGACCGCCAGAUCAAGGAGCUAGAGGGGGAGAAGGACAGGCUGCUGCUGGAGGAGACCCAGGACACGGCACGAGUAAUGGAGGCUUUGAAGAAGAAACACAAAGACGAGCUGGAGAGAGAGGUGGAGAGAGUCAAAAGGCUAAGCAGUGGGGUGUUAGAUUCACACACUUUGCGAGCCCAACAACAGGUAGAAACACAGUCCUUGCAGCGAGAGCUGGCCGGACUGUCUGAGCGCUACUCUCAGAAGUGUCUGCAGUUAAACCGAGCCGAGCAGAACAACGCUGAGAGAGAGAGGGAGAUCAGCCGCAAGGAGAGAGACAUGGAGCAGCUGCGGAAAGAGAACCAGGACUUAAAGGCCCGUUUGACGGAGGAGAUCAGCCGCACACGAUCUACCAUCUCAUCUCACAGCUCAGAGGACAACAAAGACAGGGCGCCCUGUGAACUGGAGGUUCUUCUCAGGGUGAAAGAAAACGAGAUAGAGUACUUACACAAGGAGAUCAGCUGCCUCAGGAACGAGCUGCAGUUUCUUAACACGGAGAAGCGGCUGGCCUGUGAACGAUACACAGAGGUGCAUGACGAGCUGAGUGGGAUAAAGGGCCGGAGCGAGCGAGAGAUCCAGAGUCUAAAGGAGCACUUGAGGUUGGCCAUGGCUGCUCUGCAGGAGGGCCAAAAACUGGGUAACAGCCUGGACCACUGAGUGUCUGCUGCUGGUACUGAUGCUCUGGCAGACAACGUGACAGGUGUGUCUGCCCCAUGGUGACUGAAUCAGACAGCGAAGCAGAGUAGAAGACUGUUGGACUUGUACAGUUCCGGCUCUGUGGGACCAUGAUAGUGCCUUAGUUUUCAAUCAUUCUGCCAAUGAGCAGCAUAGAAUAGCUAUUAGCCGGUUUUAUUACACUGGGCCACACAUUAUAUAUAAAACUGCACUUUUUAUUUUUUAUUUUAGCCUUUGCUUGCGUUCGGUGCGAGCAUGUGUGAGAGCGCAUUCGGUCUGAAAACUGGAAUAUUUGUUGAGUGACACGGUUGUUUUUUAAAUUUUUAUCAGGUGUUGUAGAUAAUGUAUCAUCUUAUUUUGUAGAAAAAACUUGUCAUUGCCUGUGUCUUCUGCCUGAGACAGCAGGGGUCCACACAGUUACAUAAGAGCUACUGUCAUCUCAGUUUUCUACAUUGUACAGCUUCUGAGUCAUGUUUACUCUGUGAAAAUGGCACGCGUUUCUUUAGAAAUGGGAGCUUAUCAUUUGCUGUAAUUAUUUUUUUUUACCUGGAAAGAAGUGCGCUUGUGUAGUAUUGUUUGUGAAUAUAAAAUUCUGAGAAAAUUAUAUUGGGAUUAUUACAGGACAAAACAGCAAAAGUUUCUAUUUCCUGGCAGGCUGAAUUGGAAGUUGAUCUAUGAUUGUAUCAUGGAAGCAAAUUCAGGCUCAACUUUCUUUGGGGAUGCUUGAAAAAGCUGUUGGAUGAAUGUUGUCCCACAUCACAGAUGUCUUUAUUUCUAAACCCUGGCUGAGAAGCUUCCAGUCUCCCCUGAUCAUUGUCGGCAUUCAUGUGCCUCCACAUAACAAAUGACAGGUGUUGCAUCGAUGAGCCAAUUUUUUUUAUUGACAGUAUGAAUUGUGAUAAAAGUGACUUAUCUACCUGCCUUUUAAAAAAUAUUUUCAUAUUUAAAGUACUGUAGAUCCCAUAUCAUCUUUGUAAAUUAUAUACAAUUUUUGCAAUCAAUAAAAUAAGUUCAACAGA